GUCUCAGAACAAGAGAAGAAGGAGGCGUUCUACAGACAACUACAAACAAUAAUGGACAACGUCCCAAAUGGCUAUGUCACAAUCCUGAUGGGUGAUAUGAAUGCGAGGCUGGGAGGGGACAAUACAGGAAGAGAACUCACCAUGGGUCGCGAGGCCCUCGGUGAAAUGAACGACAAUGGUGAACUCUUCUCAGACUUCUGCGCCUUCAAUGAUUUGGUGAUUGGUGGCAGUGUGUUCAAACACAAGGAUAUGCACAAGGCGACAUGGAUUUCAUCAGAUGGAAACACCAAAAACCAGAUAGACUUCAUUUCAAUCUCAAGGGAGAGGGAGCCUACAAGACACAAGGUCGAGGAGAGGAGCAGAUGUGGGUUCAGACCACUAUCUAGUACAAGGGACUUUCAAGGUGAAACUAAAAGCCUCGAGGAUAGCUGGGGAUAGGCCACAAUGCAAGUUCAACACUCAGAAACUGAAGGACACAACCACAAAGGACACUUUCACUGCAAGAAACACUACGUGACACCACUGAGGAAUCAUGCGUGGAAGAACAUUGGAAGUCUCUGAAGGCGAUUCUCAACGAAACGUGUUCAACGGUUCUAGGAAGAAAGAAGAAACAAGACAAGGAAUGGCUCUCAACGGACACUUGGAAGCUAAUAGAGGAGAGGAGAAUGGUGAAAGAGAAAAUGAUUCAAUACAAGGACGGACAGGAGAAGGAGACGAUGAGCUCAACUUACAAAGCACUGGACAAAGAAGUGAAGAAAAGUGCUAGGAAGGACAAAAG